UCUAAUACUUUUUUUUAAUAAUUUUUUUAGAUAUAGAACUAGUACUUAAAAGUUAAAAUGAUCCUCAUUCAUUAACUAAUCUUCUCUUCUACCUUCCUUGUUCUUCAUCAUCACCAUAAAAUUUCACUCAUUUUCCCCUGACCCACAAGAGCCCACAAUCUAUUUUCAUUAGUGCAAUCAUGAAAAAUAAUUAAACUCAAAUUAGUGUACCUAAUUUAGUACAAAAUCAGCUUAAUUACACCAUAAUGCAGCUUAAAAAUCAGCUCUUAUUGUUGUUCUUCCUAUUAUACUGUUACAUUGGUUGUUGUUAUUGCAAUGAAACUUCCAUUCUUUUAUCGAUAAAAUGGAGUUUUAUCGAUCCAUUAGAUCGAUUAAACGAUUGGAAACCACAAACUAGAACCACAAACAACAAUUCAGUUCAUUGCAAUUGGACUGGUGUGUCCUGCAAUGAGCUUGGAUUCGUCGAAAAACUCGAUCUUUCUCGGAUGAAUCUAAGUGGUAAAUUCUCUAAUGAAUUCCAAAAAUUGAAUUCCCUUACUUAUCUUAACUUAUGCUCAAAUGGGUUUUCAUCAUUUUUGCCAAAUUCUUUCACAAAUCUAACCUCAUUGAAGUUCUUAGAUGUAAGCCAGAAUCAGUUUUCUGGGAAUUUCCCAUUGGGAUUUGGGAAAUUUCAUGAUUUAACUUACUUAAAUGCUUCUGGGAACAAUUUCGAAGGAAAUCUUCCAAAUGAUUUGAGUAAUGCUACUGUUCUUGAGAUUCUUGAUCUUAGGGGAAGUUACUUUGUGGGGUCCAUCCCCAAAUCUUAUAUGAACUUGCAGAAAUUGAAAUUUUUAGGGUUAUCAGGAAACAAUCUGACAGGUAAAAUUCCUUCUGAACUUGGGAUGAUUUCUUGUUUAGAAACCAUGAUUUUGGGAUAUAAUGAUUUUGAAGGAGGGAUUCCUAAAGAAUUUGGGAAUCUUACCCAAUUAAAGUACUUAGAUUUGGCAAUUGCUAAUCUAAGUGGUGCAAUCCCAUCUGAAUUGGGUGGGUUAGUUAAUCUUGAUACACUUUACUUGUAUCAUAACAGGUUGAAUGGGAAGAUCCCAUCAAGAAUUGGUAAUCUUUCGGGUUUGAUUUAUCUCGAUUUAUCCGAAAAUUCAUUAUCAGGGAAAAUUCCAUCUGAGAUUAGUGAAUUGAAAAACUUGCAGUUGCUAAAUCUGAUGUUUAACAAGUUAUCAGGUUCAGUCCCUUCCGGGAUUGGCAAGUUGCCCCGAUUACAGAUUCUCGAGUUAUGGAACAACUCGCUUUCUGGGCGUUUGCCUACUGAUCUCGGUAGGAAUUCCCCCUUACAAUGGCUCGAUAUUUCAUCGAAUUCAUUUACGGGUGAAAUCCCGAAUGGGCUAUGUGAUAAAGGUAAUCUCACAAAGCUCAUUUUGUUCAAUAAUGGUUUUGAUGGUUCUAUUCCGACUAGUUUGUCUAAAUGUCGCUCGUUAGUUCGUGUUCGAGUUCAUAAUAAUCGACUUUCGGGUAGUAUACCGUUAGGUUUAGGUAAAUUGCCUAGACUGCAGAGGUUAGAACUAGCAAAUAAUAGUCUUACUGGUAGCAUUCCUUUUGAUCUUGCUUCUUCAUCUUCGCUCUCGUUCAUUGAUCUCUCGGGGAAUAACCUUCAAUCUUCUUUACCCUCGACAAUUCUAUCCCUUCCGAAUCUUAAUACUUUCAUUGUCUCGAACAACAAUUUAGGAGGGAAAAUCCCGGAUCAGUUUCAGGAUUGCCCUUCACUUGCUGUUCUUGAUCUGUCAUCGAAUCGAUUUACUGGUAUGAUCCCAGCAAGCAUAGGUUCAUGUCAGAAACUUGUGACUUUAAACAUCAAAAACAAUCGAUUAAGGGGUGAAAUCCCGGAUUCUCUUGCACUGAUGCCUUCACUAGCGAUUCUUGAUCUCUCGAACAACACUUUAACAGGCAAAAUCCCUGAACAUUUUGGAAGUUCACCCGCCUUAGAAACGUUCAAUGUGUCACAUAAUCAGCUUGUCGGUCCUGUCCCAUCAAAUGGUAUUCUUCGAACCAUCAACCCCACUGAUCUAGUAGGAAACGAAGGCCUCUGUGGUGGGAUCCUUCACCCUUGCCCUGCAUCCUCACUCGAUGCAACAAAUGAUCAAAACCUCCGAACCAAACAUGUCUUAACCGGAUGGGCAAUAGGGGUUUCGGUUGUUUUAGCGAUUGGGAUCGCAGUCCUAAUAACCAACAUCAUAUAUAAGAAAUGGUACUCGAAUGGAACAUGCUUCGAGAGGUAUGAUGAUGCAGGCAAUGGGGAGUGGCCAUGGAGGCUAAUGGCCUUCCAAAGGCUCGGGUUCAUUAGCCAUGACAUUCUCGCUUGCAUAAAGGAGUCUAAUGUGAUCGGAAUGGGCGCAACAGGGAUAGUGUACAAAGCUGAGGUAACACGGUUGAACAUGGUUGUCGCGGUUAAGAAGCUAUGGAAAGCAAAGACGGAUAUUGAGACGGGGAACGGGGGUGAUGAUCUAGCCGGGGAGGUGAACCUUCUAGGAAAGUUAAGGCAUCGGAACAUUGUCCGAUUACUAGGAUUUCUACAUAAUGAUAAGGAGGCCAUGAUCAUAUAUGAAUACAUGCAUAAUGGAAAUCUUGGAGAUGCUUUACAUGGAAAACAAGCAGGAAGGUUGUUAGUGGAUUGGGUGUCUAGAUAUAACAUUGCAGUCGGCGUUGCUCAAGGGCUCGCGUACCUUCAUCAUGAUUGUCACCCGCCAGUCAUUCAUCGAGAUGUUAAGUCCAACAAUAUAUUGCUCGACACCAACCUAGAAGCAAGGAUCGCGGAUUUUGGAUUAGCUAAGAUGAUGAUUAAGAACAAUGAAACUGUCUCUAUGAUUGCUGGUUCUCAUGGUUACAUAGCUCCUGAGUAUGGAUAUUCGUUAAAAGUCGAUGAGAAGAGCGACAUCUACAGUUACGGGGUGGUUCUAUUGGAGCUUUUAACGGGGAAGAGACCGAUAGACAAAGAGUUUGGAGAAUCAAUAGAUGUAGUCGAAUGGAUACGAAACAAAACAAGAAACAACAGGCCAUUAGAAGAAGUGUUAGAUCCUAGCUUAGGAGGAGACUGUAAACAUGUUCAAGAAGAGAUGUUAUUAGUGCUUAGAAUCGCUCUCCUUUGCACCGCGAAAGCACCAAAAGAUCGACCAUCGAUGAGAGACGUGAUCACAAUGCUCGGAGAAGCAAAGCCUAGGAGGAAAAGCAGUAGUAAUAGUGUUACUACAGCUAACAUUGACAAGGAUAAACCUGUUUUUACAACUUCUCCUGUAAAUGGCAUCAUAUAGCCUAGCCUAUACCCCCAAUACAAACCAGAUACUUGGUUCUUUUAGACCAGUGUUACAUGCUUUGCUAGCGAUACGCUCAAAAUGGCCCGAAAAUAGUCCAAAACCGAUCAUGAUUCACCUUUUGUGAUUAGCAAUUCGCGGUAAGAUGACACUGUUUUAGACUUAACUUUGUUAUCCCACACAUUCGUAGUUGUAAUUUUUGUACGUAGCAAAUUUUUAUUCCCUUCUUUCCACUUUGAUUUUGUUAUGUGAAAUGUAAUCACUUCAAAUUUGGUGUUAAUAUAGAUUAUGGGGUACAGGUAUUCUUCAAAA